UAGUCCUGAAGAGAAGAAGAGGGGCCUGUCUGCGCCUCGAUCCAGAACUCUUAACUGUUACCUUAGCUCACCUCGGCUCCGCAUCAUAAACAACGAGCGUGAGAGAGUCUUCCGAGGGUUUGAAUGACCUCUCACCCAUCACAAUGUCGGUCAAAUUCGAGAAAGAUACCAUAAAAACCACCGGUCCUCUUGCGGGAAUACAAGGCGUUCCAGCGAUCGAUGUGAAAGAAGUUCAUCAUCAUCACCAUCUACCAGGCCAUAACUUAAGACACAAUGUUGGUGUCGCAUUAACUGGAGGCAAAGCCAAUGAAGGAACACGAGGAUAUUUAUCUAUGUAUCUCAAAGAGCUCCAAACCAAUCCUCUUCGUACGAAAAUGCUUACCUCUGGCACAUUAUCGGCUCUACAAGAACUUUUGGCCUCAUGGAUCGCGAAGGAUCGUAAUAAGGAUGGCCACUAUUUCACAUCUAGAGUACCCAAAAUGGCUGCAUAUGGUGCUUUCAUCAGUGCUCCACUCGGCCAUGUAUUGAUCAGUAUUUUGCAAAAGAUAUUUGCUGGACGUACCAGUUUGAAGGCCAAGGUUCUUCAAAUUCUUUUAAGCAAUUUAGUUGUUGCUCCAAUUCAAAAUACAGUGUAUUUGAUCUCAAUGGCACUCAUUGCAGGCGCAAAGACUAUUCAUCAAGUCCAUGCGACUUGGAGAGCUGGAUUCAUGCCAGUUAUGAGAGUCAGCUGGAUUACUUCUCCUCUCGCUCUAGCUUUCGCACAAAAAUUCCUUCCCGAGCAUACUUGGGUUCCAUUCUUCAACGUCAUCGCUUUCACUAUCGGAACCUAUGUGAAUGCGACCACAAAGAAGAAGCGUCUCGCAGCUCUUCGCAAGAGACACUACGAUGAGACUAGAGGAGGAAGACCCGACGACUACCCUGGACCACAUAGUGGACCAGGAAGAGAAAUGGGAGGACCAGGACAGAAACGCGACUACUAAUUUUACGAAGGGACGAAGGGGAAGGGGGUCAUUAAGAUGAAAUAGCACAGCAUGAACCAAAUUCGGCUGUGCUUAUUGUCACAAAUUUUUCCUUAUCAUAAUGUAUUUUCGGUUCACGGAUCUCAAUUUGGCACGAGGUCAGAUUUACUGGUUAUGGGUGGCGACCGCUUGCAGAUAUCCUUGUGGUCCAUGCGAGGCCUUGCUUGCUUCUUUCUCGGGGGGCACAAUACCACGUAAAAAGCCUCACCCUCACCUGUUGUAUAGUUUUUACGAUUUCAUUGGUUAUAAGUAGAAAUGAAUGGGCGUUUGCUUGUCAAUCUCUUCCAUCUGAAUGUGAAUGCUAGGUAAUACUUGGGUGGAUUGG